AUGGCGGACUCCAACUCUCCAUGGCCUGGCCGGGGAUCUCAAAACCUCUCGGGGAAAGCUCCCCCGUCCUUUGAACGAAAUGUGAAUCGCCAAAAAACACAACGCUGGGUGCAGGCGAAGAAGUAUUCAUAUGACGGUGGCGACUGGGGCGACGAUGAUGACGAGGAAGAGGAAGAGCCCCCAGCAGUACCUCAGCCUCCAUACACCACGCACAAGACGAGCAGUACCUCUGAGUUGGGCUCCAGACGCUUAUCCGGACUUGCAUUCGGGUCCGAUGAGUCGCACACAGCUCCUCCCGCCGAAACUAAGCCAGAUUCCAGUGUAGGCGAUCAGAAGUCGCUGCCUUUCGUCAGACCCGCCGAUAUUUAUAAGCGAAUGCGCGAGGAGCGAACCCCCCAGAGCGAGGCGGCGAGUUCUGGACAUCCAGCAGAGCUUCAAAGCUCAAUGCAAUCCAGCGGUUUCCCCCCUCAAGCUGCCACGCCCGAUGAUCUGAAUGCCGCCUCAAAAACGACACAAAAUCUCUCCUCCGUGGGCCUGCCGGAAGUUAAGAGACUCUCGGGUUUCGGGGCGGAUUUCCUCAGCGGUAGCGACUCAAGCUUCCAACACAACAAGGACCCUGAAUCCCCGGAGACCUCCUUGCAGCACAACCCCUCCCAAGCCUCACAGGCCUCUCAGGGUUUCACAUCGGUAGUUCACCAAGCUUUCGAUGUACCAGAAACUCCCAAUUCCACUUCCGGCAGUGUUGUGCGGUCAAACAGCGAUGGAACAUCUGUCAUCAGCCCCAUUAUGGGUGGUCGUGCCCUCCAAGAUGACAAAACGCCUACCAUUCCCGAGGAACCCACCGAGUCCAGCACCCCAACCAAUGCGCCAAAGGAAGGUGCGGACGAGGCACCUUUCUUCAAGCCUGGUCACCGACGUGAUAUGAGCCUUCCCGGCCGUGACAACAGCCCUUCAAAGCGGCCUGUGAUUAAGGACAAUGAGGCUCCCUCAGCGGGUCAAGCAGAGAUGUCAUCAGUCUCUCCAGGUCAGUCUGGUUCGCCGGAAAGGCCAGUCGAUGCUCCAGCUUUCCAGAGCGUAUCGACCCCAACAAAUGCGUCGAAGGGAGACUUUGUCGCACCCCUCAAAUUUGGUAGCAAUAGCACGACCGCGUCUGAGGGCUAUCGUGGCGAAAUUCCCACCAUUAUACCCGCGAGCACAAGCAAUUCACCUCAAGAUACUGAUAACGAUCGGUUGCGAGAAGAGAUCAUGCGUUCAUUGAGUCGAGAGAAUUCCCAGGAGCCUGAGCUUCAGUCACAGCCAAAUAAGGAUGAACAUAUCCCACAUGAGUAUGAAAAGUACGGGGAUGAUCAGACCAAACCUAGUCCCAACGAAGCUCCGACACCACUGGUCUCAGAAUCUCACCCAGACUGGACCAGGUCCCACCCUCUGGCUGCCCAGGAUCCAUACCCAGCUACGCAAACGUCUGGCGAUGUGACUCCAUCAACCGCGACUGAGCCAAAGAGGCCUCGUCUGGGAAGACGGUUCUCGUGGGAGUCAGCCUCUUCAAAUGAAGAGCCUGCGGCCCAAGACCCUGCCAGGAACAUCUCGCCCCCUCCUUUGGGUGUAGCCCUGGCUCCCCAGGAGCCUCAACCUAUUCCUGAGGACCCGGAAGGAAUGGCACAGAAACUGUCGUGGGAACAACCGUUGACCGAUGGCGAAACUUCUGACAACCAGCGCGUUGAGAAGCCCAGGCUUUCAAUUGUACCUCCGAUACCAGGGAACAGCUUUCCGCCGGAGCAAAUUAUGGGCUCCACCCAGGAUCAACCAGCUGAGAGGGCGGUAUCAUUGCCCGUGGGAACAUCAAGAAUCGACGAGAGCGCACUUCAAGGCUUCCGCGAUAUUCUAAACAAGACAUCUCCGGCUGAGCGCGUGCGGGCAUUUGACCAGACAAGAGAUCAAUUUGCGGCUCUUGAUACCGGUCUCUACGCCUGGCUUGAAUUUACUGUCCACCAUCAUCCCGAGCAUGCCAGUCUUGUUCAUUCAAGCCAGACUCUGUCGUCUGGGUUCCCACGGACAUCGCCCACGACCAGGAAGUUCCCCAAGCUGGCAUCCCUCGGCAAUCUCACCUCCAAGGAGGACGGCACUCCAACCAGCGCCGUUCAUGCCAGACGUCCCUCGGCACACAUUGGAACCAUUGUGAACAGGCAGCAAGUCGAACAGCGGGGCAAAGAUCUCCUGCACACGGCUGGGACGUUUAGUGGAAAAGCAGGCGAAGCUGCCAAGGGGUUGUUCGCCAAAGGCAGGAGCAAGUUCCGACCCAGCGGAGACAAGGUAGAUACAUGA